AUGGGAAGGUCCAGGUUCCCAGGGAAACCCCUUAAAUUCCAUAACAGAAAACGCAUAAGUGUUUUGUCGGGGACUGUUUACCACGAGAAUACUGUUGAUAAUCAUGCAGGCAGCCGUAGUUCAACCACUAAUGACUUUUCGGGGGAGAAAGAGGAAGAAGAGAAGAAAGAAAGUAAUAAUGAUAAAGAGGCAAAUUCAGAGAGUUGUGGAAAUAAAGAUAGCCCUUUGAGUGAAAAAGAAGAAACCGCAGAGAGUAGUAGUGAUCCAUCCAAAUCUCCAGUUAGAACUAGGUCACAAAAUAAAAUGGAGCCUCCAAAAGGAGACAAACCUAAACUAGUGAAAAAGACUGUUACUUUUGGCACUGUGGAGAGUUGCGAGGAUAUUUUGCUGCCUCUCAAAAAAAUACCAAAAUAUCAUGCUCCUCUUAUUUCAAUUAUAAAAAAGAAGUCUGCAUUUAGACAAUCGGACCAAACAUUUAACAGCAUUUUGAAACCAGCAAAAUUAACUGAUCUGAGUUCAAAAUCUUCAUUAGAAUAUCAUGAAGGCUAUUUAAAGAAGAACUUGAAUCCACUUUCAAAGUCUACAAACAAAUUUUCACAGUUCAGUGAAAAUCGGUGCAUGUCACCUCCACCAAGAAUCAAUUCACCAGUAGAGAAAGAAAGUCUGGGAUCAGUUAAGUUUUUGCCAGUCAAAAGUAGUCAUUCUUCAAGAGUUAUAAAACCAAAUAAAAGGUUUAUUGAUGGUGAAGACCAAACUUCAAUAUCAAGCAGCUUGAGUUCAGGAAAGGUUUUAAAGAAACCAAAACUAAAGAGGCUAGUUUUUAAUAAUUUACAUGAUGAUGAUUCACCACAAGAUGAAGAGCCAGAUAAAAAUGAAAAUCAACCUUUAUCAACUGGUAUUUUUAAAGAUAAAUCAACAAAUUCAUUUUCUGGUCUCACAACUUCCCGAAAGGCCACUCAUGAUUUAUUUUCAAAUGAAAAAGAAUCUGAACUUCUACAGGAUGAGAAUUCAAAUAUUAAUGAUAAAAUAAAGUCGCCAGAGGCGAAUAAAGAAGAAAGAACAGGAAAUUCUAUGAGGAGACUCAUGGACUUAUCUGAUGCAAGUAGUUCUAGCCACUCAAGUAGUGGUUCAGAGUCAGAAGAUAGUUGGGAAAGUGAGAGUCCCAGGAACAGUGGUGAUGAGGAAGAAAAGCCUUUAGUCAGCCCUGAAAAAGAUAAAUCAGCCUCUCAAUUGUUGAGUGGCAAAGUCAUUAUAAGGGAGGCUCGGUUACAGCUAACAACUACACCACCAACAUCUGGUCUAGAUGGACCCUUUUCAGCUGUGGCCCCAACAUCAUCAACUAAUCCUCCAACAACAGUUACAUGUGGAGUGUGUGGGGCUGUGAGGUUCUACAAAUUUGUAAAACAAGCUAGAAAAUUUGGAAUUUAUUCAUGUGAAUCCUGCCGUAAAUUUGUCUCCAAAUUGCUUAAAAAGGAUAGAAUGGCAUUGCGGACAUCACCACUUGUCCUGCAUUGUGAAAGAGGAGAAGGUAACUGUCAAGUUCCACCAGUUCUCCGCUCUCAACAGUGGAAAUUAUUUAAAUGUUCUAACAAGGCAAGGUGUCCAGCUUGCUGGCUUAAGCUAUGUUUGAAAGCUUUCCAAGUGCCUACAGAUAAGAAAGCGAUCCUAAUGUCUAUGUUGCCAUCUUACAUGAAGCCUGGUGCUAAACCAAAUACUCUAACACCUAAACCGACUAGCAAUUCUGCAUUGACAACUCCAUCACCAUUGUUUAGUGGAUUAUCUGCAAAUGAAAAUGAGAGCAAUAUCUUUGCUGUCAAAUCUAAGAAGGCUGAUGGAUUAGAGGAGGAAGUCAAAACGCAUAAUGAAAAACAAGAUGAAAAAGAAUCAAACAGCAAUAGAAAGCGUCGUCUGGCCAAAGUUAAAGUUCGUAAGAAAGAUAAAAGUGAUUCAAAGCUUAUAGAAGAUCCAAAACGACAGAAAAUGGAAUUAAAGGGACCCCGAGUUAAACAUGUGUGUCGGAGUGCAUCUAUAGUCCUUGGCCAGCCUAUUGCAACAUUCCCCACCCAAGAAGAAAAGGACAAGGAUAAGCCAACUCUAUCAGAUGAUACUGUCUCUAUGGCAACAGAAAAAGAUAGAGCUACCCCAGAAAUGAGUGAAUCUGAAGAUACUGAGAACAAAUUGCAAAUUGUUCCAGAAGUAACUAAGGUAGAUCACGAAGUAAUAGAGCCUAAGAAAAGAAAGGUUGAACCUACUGUACCAAAAGCUAAAAUUGAAUCCAGCGAAGAUGAAACUGUUCUUGAUCUUAUUCCAAAGAAAUCUACCUACAAACCACUAACAAACAUAAGCAAUUUGCGAGGAAGAUCACAGAAAUGUGGUCAAAAUAGGCCUGAGCUAAUUUGUGUUGAUUUCUGGGAGAGUUAUGAUCCUGACGAAGUGUGUAAUUCUGGAUUUGGACUGAUUGGUACUGCACCAUUUACCAUUGCUAAAUUGUGCUUCCUGUGUGGUAGUGCUGGACAAGAGAAGAUGUUGGUAUGUUCGUCGUGCUGCGAAUGGUACCACGGGUGGUGCGCAGAGGGUUCCGGAGGUGGAGCAGCGUGGACGUGCGCGCGGUGCGUGUGGUGUGCAGCGUGCGCUCGUCCGUCCGCGCGCGUCUCGUGUCGUGUUUGCGCCCGCCCUUACCACGCGGCUUGCCUACCACCCGCACCGCCGGACCACAGGAGCGACUGGCCACAGAUAUGUAGCGCAUGUCUGAAAUGCAAGAGUUGUGACAGCAGCCGCGUUAACAAGUUUGUGGGAAGUCUACCGUUCUGCCGGCCUUGCUUCAAAUUACGGCAAAAGGGCAAUUACUGUCCCCUAUGCCAAGCAUGCUAUAGGGAUAAUGACUUUGAUAGUAAGAUGAUGGAAUGUGGCUGGUGUGCAAGAUGGGUCCAUGCAAGCUGUGAGGGUCUCUCAGGCGAAGGAUACCAGCUUCUGUCAGCAUUGCCACCAUCUAUCGAGUAUAUUUGCUGUAAAUGCAUGCCUCACGAUCCGCCGUGGCGGAAAAUGUUAACGGAACAUUUAAAAGGAAGACUUUUACAUCUCUUAAAACUCCUCGCCAAAAACAAAAAAGCUUGCGCUCUGUUGAAACUCACUCCUCACAAAAAUACUCCAGUACCCAACAAACCUUAUCGGCUCACCUCUCCUCAAGCAAUACGAAAGUUACAUUUCGACACUGGAGAUGAAACUAUGAACAAUACAACGGAGACAAAGGUUUACCGAAAUACUGCAAAGGGUCGUCGAAGUACACAAAAAACGGACGAACUCGCUCUAUCUCAAUCGUGGCAAUGCCCUUUAAUACAUGAUGUUGAAAUGGAAAAAGAGGAAAUGCCACAUCCAUCGCAUAAGGUCGUAAACCUUCAGGAACCAUUAAUGCAAAACAAAGAAAUUUGCUUCUCAACCGGCCUCUACAAUAAAACUGAAUUCAAUGCAUCAUGCGUGGAAGUUCAUGAAAAUAAUCCAUCGGAUAAACAAGAAAAGGCAGUUGCUAUGUCGCCCUCCUUGUUGGAUAAAUAUGAACCGAUUUCUGAUGAUGAUGAAAUUGUUGAUAGAUUUCCACAAGCCCGCAGUGAACAAGAUCUGAGUCCUAAAAUAAUUCGUCACAUGAAUCAAGAUGAGGAUAUGGAAGACAUGAGCAGACUUAUUUCACCAUCACUGUUGGAUAUAAAGAAAAGAGUAAAUAGCGAUGAAUAUAUAUCUCUCAAGGAUUUCAAUCACGACAUGAAAGAAGUAAUUGAAAGAACGGCUAGUGUGGAUUUAACCUCCAUUUAUAAGGAACUAUUUUCAGAAACAUUUCCUUGGUUUAAUUGUGAUAACAACUGUCUCCAACCAAAUCUAGAAGUUGAAGGAGAACAAGAAGAUUCAGACUCAUUAAAAGACCAAGAAAUGUCUGAUAACAAAGGUGUAAGAAACACUGUGCAGUCCAUUGAGAAGCCUUUGGACCAGAUAGUACCCAAAUUAGAAGAAAAACAAAAAGAAGAAGAAGAUUUAUUGGAGUUUUAUCCUAUACUUGACUCGAGAAUAUGCAUAUUAUGCAAAUCUACAGGUGAUGGGCUACCGGCAAUGGAGGGCCGAUUGUUAUACUGUGGUCAAAACGAUUGGAUUCAUGCUAAUUGUGCUUUGUGGUCGGCAGAGGUGUUUGAAGAAAUCGACGGUUCCUUGCAAAAUGUGCACUCUGCUAUUUCCAGGGGCAAAAUGAUCAAAUGCGCUUCUUGCGAAACCAAAGGCGCUAGUGUUGGAUGUUGCGCUAAAAAUUGUAGUGAAACUUAUCAUUACGCAUGUGCAAGGCGUACUAAUUGCGCAUUUUUAGACGACAAAAGAGUAUUUUGUCCAACUCAUGGAAAGGAUAUACCAAAAAAGAGUCUUCAGAAAGAUGCUGACUUCGAACUAACGAGGCCAGUUUACGUAGAAUUAGACAAAAAAAAGAAAAGAUACAGUGAAAUAUCUAAAGUGCAAUUCUUGAUGGGAUCUUUAUGUGUAAACAGUUUGGGGAAAAUAGUGCCAUCUGUAUCAGACUACGAAGAUUUUCUGAUGCCAGUAGAUUUUUCGUGCACUCGACUUUUCUGGUCAUGUAAGAAGCCUACUAAAAUUGUCAGAUAUACGAUUAAGACAAAGCUUAUACUGGCUGAACCCUUACCUGGGUUUGACUAUGGAGUGAAUAUAACAGUAGACCAUACAAUGCAUGUCCAAGUUGUGGAACGAGUUAUGGCUGAAAUUGGAGCGUGGCAUCACAGCUUAGAGAAAGGGACAACAAAGGUGCUAAUGCGGAAAAGUGACAAAUCACCAAUAAAAUUCCGCAAUGCUGUAACAUUGGAAGAUUUAGCCGUUAAGCAGGUGGUCGACUUCUUACUUGAUAAUGUUUGUAAGCAAGAACAACAGGAUGAGGAAGAACCUCAGAAUACUGCUGACCUUCUUCCGCCAGAAGUAAAGGAUGCCAUAUUUGAAGACUUAAAUCACGAUCUCUUGGAUGGAAUAUCAAUGCAAGAUAUUUUCCCGAAAUUAAUGUCAUAUGAAGAUCUCGUAGCUAUGGACUUGAAGAGCGAAUUUUAUGGAGCAAUGAGCCAAUCUGAUGACAAAUCCGAUUCACGGUCAACGGAUUUUAUUGACGAGUUGCUAAAUGCUCGUUUAGAGUCUGGGAGUAAAGAACUUAAAAGAAGCAAAUCAGAAAUGCUUCUACAAAACCAUAGUCUUAAGUCCCUGACGACGGGCCGCGGACAGCAAAGGUCGUCAUCCCUGACUUGGAAUAAUAAAUUUGAUACGAAUCUAUUAUCCUCUACAAUAAAAAGAUGUAAAAUGGGAAAAUCAUCCACUGUCACUGAAAAAAUGGGCCAGGUACAAAGAUCGCUACCUGAAAACGCAUUAGAUACAAUUAAAGAAAGUGACAAAAAUACUGACAAAAAGACAAAAAGGGAAGCGGUUAAUUCUCACGAAUUAUGUUCUGAAACACCGCAUACGUCAGGAAUAAAUUACAGAACAACAUCACCUAAAGAAAAGGAUGAAAGUUCUGAUAAAAAUGAUAAAAACGAAGGAUAUUAUACUGAUGUAAUAGAUUUUUACACAAAAAUUCAAUGCAGCCCAAUUUCACAACUCGAUGGAGCGGGAGAUUGGUCUGGGUCAGAUAGUAAUUGUAGUUCAAGACCGGGCAGUCCUCAAAGUGACUUUUCACCAAUACAACAACUAGAUGGCGCCGAAGAUCAUGGUGAUAAUAUGCACAAAACGCAAACAAACCAAUAUUUAUACAGGGCUUCUGGAUCUGAAAGUACAUACACUGUGACCAUAGCCGGUAACUCUAUCAGUGGACAGCCAGAACUGGUUAUGCGGCCUUUAGAUGACAACUCUGGUUCUGGUCCAAUGGAACAGUUGGUGAGAUGUGAUAGAUGCCAGUGCACUUACAGAAACAAAGAAUCGUAUGACAGACACAUCCCAUCCUGCGAUAUGAUGUCUACCAGUGAGAGUGAAAGUGAGAAUCCAAAAUCGCCUGAAAAUAGGACUUUAACCACACUACAAAAUGCAUUCCAGAACGCAUUUGCCCAACCCAUGAUCAUUCACGCGGGUGUUGUAAAUGGAAGCGAAAAUACUGUGAAGGCUGAAUCUAUAUCUACAAGGAGAACCUCGAUAAAUACACGACAAAUCACUAUUAAUGGUACAAUUGUAGAAACACCAUCUCCCGGACCUAAUAACGAAAUGACCAUGACCAUUACGGAGCAAAUGAAAUCUGGGACAGUUAUAUUCGAUCAAAGCAAAACAAAUGUCCAGGUUUCUUCCAAUCAACAAGUGCUUUCAUCACCGCAAAUCGUUGUUACACCACAGAUGUUAUUGCCGCCGAAAACAAGCUCCGCUGGGGCACGCUCGCUCAUGGGUCCACAAAUUAUUACUCAACCAGGCCUUCUGCCCUAUAACAUUUGUGUCAAACCUGGCAAUGGAAACCCGAACAUACAACAAAUCCAUAGUGGAGCAGACAUGACUCAGCUAUUGACUGGGUCAGGAGGCAUACAAGUCAUAUCAUCAAAUUCUAAUCAAGUUCUUACAAUUCCUUCUAACCAGAUGAUACAGGGGAAGAGUCAAAUCGCCAACUUUCCAAAUAUGGCAAGUGCUAGUUCUAUCGCUUUGCCAAUUAAUUCCAUUCAAAGUAUGCCCAAUAGUUCUAUUAUUCAAAAUAUUCAGCCUAUGAUGCGGCCACAAAUACAAGGUAAUCCUACUAUUGUUGUACCUGCUAUGACCACGCAACGAUUAUCUUCUCCCAAUUCACAGGUAAAACAACAAAUAAUGUUAUCAGGAUCACAGCAAAAGUCUCCUAAGAAGCAAUCGGCCCCUGUCCAAUCUAAAUCAAUGUAUCAGGCAGCGAAUAGAGCGAGAGGUAGAACAAUACCAAAACCAGCCAAUACCAUCAAAAGGCAGACUAAAUUGGAAAAAACGAUCACGACCAUCAACCAAUCACCCCUUGGCCCAGGCAAUACCGUUAUUCAGUUACAAACUAACAACCAGACGGGACAGCCUUCGAUAAUAGUCCAACCAAUGGCAAACCAAAAUAUCAUGUCAUACGUGGAAGCUUUAUCGCAACAACAAAAUCAAAAUAUGCAAUAUAUAGCCACCAUUGCACCGCAAGGAGACUACAAAACUGGAGCGACCCAAUUUAUAUCUCAAGGCAGUCUUAUGCCCCAGACAUUCCAAAUACAACAGACCGAAUCAGGAGGACUGGUCGCAGUUCCAAGUGGAGGUAUUCCUGUAUUGCUACCCCAAGGAAAUGUUGUCUUGCCGCAAACUCUACAACAAGGGGCGACCAUACUACCCCAAGGAGCAAUACAAACCCAAGGAAUUAUUUCACAGGGUCCAAAUGGCCCGACUAUACUUCCACAAGCAAUUCACACUCAAAACGGCACUACAAUAAUUCCACAAGGUGCUAUUCAAGGCCUCACGCAAGGAAAUUUGACAUCUCAAGCAACUCUUUUGCCCAAUAAUACCUUACAAACGACUGGAGCAACUGUCGUCUCACAAAGCGGAAUGGGAAAUGGCCAGACAACACUAAUUCCGAAUGCAUUAGUUUCCCAAGGCAACACAAUCAUAUCUCCGGGUAACGGGACGACUAUACUACCUCAAGGUACAAUAUUACCACAAUUUUGCAAUGACCAAGUCAUCCUUGGCUCAGCUCCUACUCUAGAAAUGGUAACUGAUCCAUCUGGAUGCAUGUACUUGACUACCCAGCCUGUCUAUUAUGGUCUUGAAACUAUAGUUCAAAAUACUGUAAUGUCAUCACAACAGUUUGUCUCUACGGCUAUGCAAGGAGUACUGGCUCAAAACAGUAGCUUUUCAGCAACGACAACACAAGUCUUCCAAGCCAGUAAGAUAGAGCCGAUUGUGGAAGUUCCGACUGGUUAUGUCGUCGUCAACAGUGUCGGAGAAGGUGUAGCUGCGCAAGUAGCAUCAUCGGCGGCCAAUGUUGUCACCGGUCAAUCUGUGCAAUCGGGUCCGCAAAUAAUCAAAAAUGUCAAAACUACAGUGCCUAAUUUGACGCUACAACCUCUUCCAGAUAAACAUUCUCUUAACAGACAAACUCAAAAAGUUUUGCAAAUGGGUCCAACGCAAAUGACCUUAGGACCUCAAUCCAUGGCAAACCUUAUAAGUGGGAAACAUACUAUGAACCCUAUUACAUCCCAAGUUCACAAUAUGACGUUGGCAAAUAAUGUGCAGAAUAUUCAAAAAGCAAUCAUUUCUAGGCAAAAUAAUGUGUCGAUGUCUCCAAAUGUCACACUAGUUUCAUCGACUGGACAACCAGUUAUGGCAAUAUCUCAAUCCAUUCCAAAUUCAGUUUCUGUUCCAUUCUCUAUGCAGUCGAUACCGUUAUCGCAACCUAUUGUAUCCAGUUCGAUAUCAUCGAAUAAAAAUAAUUCGAUGAAAAUUGAAAAUUCUCAUGUGAUUGAAAUCAGUGGAACCUUAAAUGACAACUCUAACUGCAACAGUAUGCCAACUAUAAGCGUUACUCACAGUACAAAAUCACCUACCCCAUGGAGACAAAUCAAUCCCCCAACCAGCAUUCAUAUGGGGGACAAUAAAAUUGAGGUCCAUAACAUAGGAUUAAAGACAAAUGCUGCUACAUCUAUGGCAUCCAACAUGAAUAGCGGAAUCAAUGGACGUCAAAAUAUGUCUCAUGAUAACGAUAAGCUUAACCAGAAUUGCUUGCUAUCUAUUAAUGGCAAUACAAUGUCGGGAUCUUUGCAUUCCCAUCAAUUUGAAGGAAAUGCACAUAACAAUCAUUCGUCAAUAAACACCUCUAACAAUAUGAUUCAAAUAAAUUCAGGAAAUAUAUAUUCGCCAGCAUGUUCCCUAUCAAAUAACUUCGACGCUGACACCACAUUGAAAUUGAGUAAAAUAAAUGCAUUGUCUAAAACGGAAGGAGGUCAUAUGAACUUUUCUCAAGAAAUUAUGGCAGCUCACUCUCAACAGCACAUUCAAAACGAAAAGGCUUUUCAAAAUAUGGGAAACAAUGACAAUAACAAACACAAUACUGAGAGCAUGCUCGGCUCUAUGAGUAUUCACAAGAUGAGUAGUUGUCAGGUUUCUAACAAUAUGAACAAUUCAACGCCAUCUAUAAGUAUUAUUCCUCAUAAUACCAUACGACCUCAAACUCAAACAAAUCAAAGUUCAAUCAAUAUUAUGAAUAAUCAAAAUCAAAUGUGUUCCAUGUCUAAUGGACAAAUGCAGAUUAUGAAUUCAAAUAGUUCAAUGCAAAAUGUAAAUACAUCUUGCCAGGAAAUGUCUAGUAAUAGAACUAAUGCACCAGCUGCUAAUGAUAAUAUUCAACAAAAUAACCAACAGCAUGACAUCAAUAAUCCAUCUAUGAACAAUGCAAACAUGCCGCAUGGAAAUAUGCAAAUAAUUUCACACGAUAACCCGCAGCAAAUACAACCCAAUAAUCAGAUUCAUAUUUUGAAUGGACAAAUUCAACAUAGUCGUCAGGGUGAAAAUAAUCAGCAACACCCACAAAUAAAUCAAGGCAGUGGCAAUAGAUCGUAUCACGAUAAUUUUAUGACUAAUCAAUCAAAUCAACAUCCAUCAAAUAUGAUGACUUCACGAAGUUCACCAGAAAAUAAUAAUUUAAUGAAUCAAAAUAUAAAUAAUAUGCAUAGUAUGCCUAAUUCUCACAACAUAAAUCGAGCUGACUUGAAUAAUAUUAAUCAAAUUCAUAUGAACCAAUCACUAAAUAACAUCAAUAAUUUACAAAAUAACAGGAUGGUUAUGGAUAAUAUGCAGCAACAUUCAUUGAACAAUUUAAAUAGUAUAAAUCAGAUGCAUUCUAACAGAACGAUGGAGACACUUCAUAAUCAGCAAAUGCAUUCAAUGCAGCAACAAAUGAGUCAUCAUACAGUACAGAACAGUAAUACCAGAUCCCAAAUGGAUCCUAAUAUGCAUAUGAAUCAACCAAUGUCAAUGCAACAAACUAGACAAAUGGAAAAUAUUCACCACCAUCAACAUCAAAUGCCUAAUGUUAUGCAAAUUUCAAACAAUCGGACGCAUAUGGAAAACAAUCUUAUUGAUAUGCAUCAACAUGUUCCCAAUCAAAUGCAUAACAGACAGCAAAUUGACAAUAACAUGCAUAUGCAUCACAUGGCCGGAAAUAAUCCAAACAUGAAUCUUGGUAACCAAAUCGAUAACACUCCUAUGUCUAUUCAUAACAUUCGUCAUGAAAACAAUACAAUAAACAUGCAGAACCACAACUCUUUGAAUCAAAUCCAGAAUAAUAGAGCAUCUUUAGAUCACUCUAAUAUGAUGCAACACCAGAUUAAUACUAUGAACUCUGUAAACAACAUUAAUAUGCAUGGCAACCUUAACAGUUCUAUGCAAAUGAAUAAUUCCAGUCAUCAACAAAUGAACAACUCGAUUUUACACAUGCCUAAUAUUCCAGACAUUAAAAAUGAGAUUCAAAAUGCUUGUGCAAAUACUUGUUCCAAUGGCAGUUCACAGUUUAGUACUAAUCAGUCAUUUGAAAUGUGCCCAAAUAUGAAUUCAAAUAAUAUCAACCUUAAUAAUUCUGGAAAUAUGAUGCAUAAUAACAUGGGAAUGAAUAAUACAAAUAAUAUGUCAAAUAACAUGAUGAUGGGCAAUGUAACAAACAAUUCAAUUUAUGGAAACAAUAACCAAAGUAAUGUAUCGGCGCAUGAGUUGUUGAUGAGUUGCAAUAAUUCCUCAGAUAAUAUAAAUCUUAUGUCCAGUAAUACCAAUCAUAUGAUGAUGAGUAGCAACGCCCCACAUAAUAAUAAUAACUCAAACCAGAUGAUGGGAAAUCAAGUGCCGAGCAAUACUCAGAUAAAUAUAAGUAGUUGUAUGAAUCCGAACAAUACAGCUCAGAAUCAGUUAUUAAGUUUAGAUAGUCAAAUAAAUGGUAGUAGAAAUAUGGCAAUAAAUGAGUCACCUAAAUUCCCCGGAGAUGCAUUGAGAGGUAAAAAUAUAAUGGGAUCAAUAAAUACUAAUAUGACGAUAUCAAACCUUCCUGAAAAUGACUGCAGUAAAGUAAAUAUUGGUGGUGGUAACGAAAAGCAAAACCAUGCUAUAUCGGUUAAUAAUCAGAUGAACUAUAUGCAAAUGAAUCCUUCAAAUAACAAUAGAAUCAUAAACUUACCAGAAAGAAACCGAAUGAGUAAUGCCAAUUUAGAAAGUAACAUGAAUCAAAUAUCGCAACAACAUAAUAUUCGUGUGGUCACUAAUAACUCCAACAGCAAUGUAUCUAACGUUACACCGGAUCCUUUGUCAUUCCAGCAAAAAACAGAGGCAAACAGUACAAUGAUAAACGUUCCCUUCCAAGCAAUACCUAACAGUGCCCCAAUGAAUAUUAACGUCAACUCCAGUAAUAACACAGUCAAUAUUACUGUGCAAAACAAUCUGGUAGAUCCUAAGAUUGCUUCUAAAGCAGCUGAUUUGAAUUUCCCACUCCCCACUACCACUAACUUAUUGCAAAACCAAAACAGUGCUAAUAGUAUGAUUUGUAUACCCGUUCAAAAUAAUACAAUCAACUUACCAACUCAAAAUAGCUCCAGUAUUACAUUGCCUAAAGCUCCUCCUACUCAACAGUCUGGUAUACCAACUAAUGUCGUAAAUCCGAUGUCUAUGAGACCCAUGAAUAGGGUGCUGCCUUUACAUAGAGAUGGACAGAGUAAAUGUAAAUCCGUGGGCGUCAAAUCGACAACGGUGCCCAAGCAACGAACCGUUAGUCAUGAUAUGCCAGAUUUGAAUGUAAAAGAUGAAAACAUUGAUAGUGACUUGGAAAAAGCAAUCGAGGAAUCGAAGCGAAUGAUGGAACUAGAGAAGGCAAAAAGGGAAAAAGAACAGCUAGAUGCGUUGAGAGCUUUACAGAUGUCGACUGAAACACCUCAAGCAAACACCAGUAUGGCAUUAGUGAAUCCACCGCCUGGAAGAACUAACGAACGAGUUGAAACUAUUACAAAAAUGACAUCACUUCCAAGUUUGGAUGCUGAGAUUGAACAUGAGCAUUCGAAAGUUUUAAUUGAAAAAGAUAUAAAUAAAUCUCCAACUAUACUUGCCAAAUCAAUACCUCAAAAGAUUAUGAAGCGACCUCUCGGUGACAAAAAGUCGGAUACGGAAGUUACAGUGUCGAAGAAACAUAACAGGGUUUAUAAGGGACAAGAAAACAAACCGUUGUUGCCGAAGCCAACCCCUGAACCAUCUAAAGAUGAUGGCCCUAAACUAAUAUAUGAAGUGACGUCAGAGGAUGGCUUUAACUACAGCUCGUCAUCCUUAUCAGAUUUGUGGUCUAAAGUAAUUGAAGCUGUACAAAACACCAGAAAGGAGUGUGGAUUGCCUCUUAUGCAAUACAACCUACCAUCAACACUUUCCGGCGCUCACUUACUUGGACUUAACAACAAUGCAUUGAGAUAUCUAAUUGAACAACUACCAGGCGCUAAUCGCUGCACGAAGUACAAGAUCCGUCAAGGGCGCGCACUAAACAGUUGGGACAAUGAUUUGGACCUCAGUGAAGGUUUUAAAGAAAGUCCAUGGGGUAGUGCCCGAACGGGACCCAUCGCAAGAAAACAGAACCACGAUAUCUUUAGCUGGAUGGCUUCACCCUUUAGAGAGGAACCACCGCCAUUUGGUGGGCAAGAGGGGGAGAACUCUAUUUCAAGACGUUUGGCAACUCUCCCGCCAGCAAUGAGAUUUAGACAACUAAAAGAGACUUCGAAAGCAUCAGUAGGGGUAUAUCGAUCGCAUAUUCAUGGACGAGGGCUUUUCUGCAAGCGUGAUAUUGAAGAAGGUGAUAUGGUAAUCGAAUAUGCGGGUGAAGUUAUACGUGCCGUAUUAGCAGACCAGCGCGAGAAGAAAUACGAAGCGACGAGUGGGCGACGAGGCGUCGGCGGCUGCUACAUGUUCCGUAUCGACGAUAACCUCGUAGUCGACGCCACGCUCAAAGGCAACGCGGCGCGGUUCAUCAACCACUCCUGUGAUCCAAACUGCUAUUCCCGUGUAGUGGACAUCCACGGCCAUAAACACAUCCUUAUCUUCGCGUUACGUCGCAUCACCGUUGGCGAAGAACUAACCUAUGACUACAAAUUUCCCUUCGAAGAAGUGAAGAUACCUUGCACGUGUGGAGCUAAAAAAUGUCGCAAGUAUCUCAAUUAA